GAACUCUCCGAGCAUAUUUCAAAAUUUCACCCACAUAAACAUUUAAUGUUAAUUGCUUUUGUCACGAACGGUAAUCGCGUUUUGGGCCAUCAAAUUAUCAAGCUGUUUCAUUCAUUUCACAGGAUAAGCAGAAGCUGUGUCGGUCAGCCAUCGGAAACACAGGACACUUUCAAACACACCCGUUUCUUGAGUUAUCCAUUGGCAAUCUUAACUAUUCGAAACUUUCGGUCCACAGUUUCGCCUUGCUGUUAGCAACAAAUUGUUCAGUUCAAUUCAGUUUUUCGGUUUUUUUCAAGGAAGGCAGACCUUCCUUUUAUUUUAUUUUGUACUACUCAUUUUACGUUCGCAACUGAAAUAUUUUUGAACUUUUUUGGACGCGUGAAAUACCUCUGAAGUGACAACGCAAAAUCAAAACGACACCAACAAAAACCAGUUGUCUAAAUUGUGUAGAUAAUAUCGCGAGUGUAAUAGAUAAAUUGCAUAUCCUUUGAAAAAAAUCAAACAACAUGCGUGGACAACUGCUGCUGAAGGGACCCGCCUUGGCGAGGAGUUUGAGCCGGGUGCGCCUGAAUGUCCAGUCGCAGGUGGUGGGUCAAGUGCGUCAUGUGACCGCCGGCUGUUCGGCCGGUGAAGCCGUCAAGGGUGGCAAAGGACUCGUCCUGGGACUCUACGAAAAGGAAUCGGGCAAGGGACCUCGACUGACGCCCGCUGGCGAGAAAUUCGACGAUCGUUUGACCGGCAAGCUAUCCGAAUUGGUUUGCGAAACCAAACUCACUGGUCGCUUGGGUCGCGGCAAGGUCUUCAACAAUGUGGAUCCCGAAUUCCGAUCCAUUUGCGUGGUGGGCGUUGGCCUGGAAGGCAUUGCCUUCAACGAGCUGGAAAUGCUGGACGAGGGAAUGGAGAAUGUGCGCAUUGCUGCUGGCAUUGGCGCCCGAUCGCUGCAGAGUAUCGGUUGCUCCGAGGUCCAUGUGGACAAUAUGGAUUAUGCCGAGCAGGCGGCGGAGGGUGCCGCUCUGGCCAUUUGGCGUUACGAGGAGAACCUGGCCAAGAAGUUCCGCAGCACCAUACCCAAGUUGGAGCUCCAUGGCUCACCCGAUGUGGAGUCAUGGACGCGGGGCCUCUUCAAAGCGGAGGCCCAGAAUUUGGCCCGCAGGAUUUGUGAUGCGCCCGCCAAUUGUAUGACUCCAACAAUUGUGGCACAGACUGCCGUGGAUGCUCUGUGCCCGUGUGGCAUCACCGUUGAGGUUCGCACCAUGGAGUGGAUCGAGCAGCAGCACCUGAACUCCUUCCUGAUGAUUGCCAAGGGCAGUUGCGAGCCGCCAGUGCUGCUGGAGGUGGCAUACUGCGGCACCGCUCCGGAGGAUAAGCCCAUACUGCUGGUGGGCCAGGGCAUCACCUUCAAUUCGGGCGGCAUCAACCUGCGUCCUUGCAAGGGAAUGGACGAGUUCCGUGGCGAUCUCACUGGUGCCGCCAGCAUUUUGGCCGCCAUGCGAGCCGCUGCCGCUCUAUCGCUGCCCAUUAAUAUUACAGCCGUGUUGCCACUCUGCGAGAAUCUUCCCUCGGGAAUGUCCUGCAAACCGGGAGAUGUGGUCACCCUACUAAAUUCCAAAUCCUUGGCGGUGCGAAACAUCAGCAGAACGGGCGUGGUGGUCAUCUCGGAUCCGAUGUUGUAUGGUCAGAUUACGUAUAAACCCCGACUGGUUGUGGACGUGGGCUCCAUGUGCAAGGGAGUGAAGAAGGCGGUGGGCGGCGGAGCCACGGGAAUCUGGUCCAACUCUCACUACAUCUGGAAGCAAUUCCAGAGAGCUGGAUCCUUGACCGGGGAUCGCCUGUGGCGAUUCCCCCUGUGGCGCUACUACAAGGACCGUGUGGCCGAACACCUGAGCUUCGAUCUGCUGAACGAUGGCGAGGGCUAUGCCUCGUCCUGUUUGGCAGCCGCUGUGCUCCACGAACUCGUGCCCUGCAGCGAUUGGGCUCACUUGGACACCUAUGGCACUGGACUGCUGAGCACCUACGGAUUGAUACCCUAUCUGACGGCUGGAAGGAUGACUGGCCGACCGACAAGGACGCUGGUGCAGUUCCUCUACCAAAUCGCCUGCCCCGAACAGCCCAAAUAAGUGUUGUUCGAUCUGGAGUCCGAUUUCGGUUAACUACGAUUACGUUUUGGUUGUUCCAACUCAAGCCCCCGAUUAUUAGAUGCGUGACUUCAACCAUAUGUGUGAUGAGAUAUGGUUAUCAAU